AUGCUAAGCUCAUUAUACAAUUACACCAGCGAUUUAGCGGAAACUCACGCUGGGAAAAAUCGAGGCAUUGCUGCUGGCACAGCUGCGACACUUUUGGGGAUGGGAUUAGAACAUGUCGAACGAACAUCUGACGGUGGAAUUCGAGCAAAAGAUGGCAGCUUUGAGUACACUGAAGAAGAGCUCGAGGCAGUGAGAGAAAUGGCGCUGUCAGCCGAGGAACAUCAGGCCAGAAAAGAACCCACUCACUUCAUGGACAGAUUCAUGGAGCGCCUUGUGAGCCAUACCGUUCCGCUGGAUACUGGAGACUAUGAAGAAUUGAACAGCAGGAUUAAAGAUCCAUCCAGAAAAAGUAAAGCUCCUUUGUCAAUUCGUAAGCUUGCUUCCAAUAUGAAAAGAUUGAGUGCCAAGAUGGGGUUGUUCUUCAAGAUUCAGUAUGGAUUGAUUCAUGUGAUCACUUGGAAACAACCAACUAAAACCAUUUCUGUGUUGGUCAUGUACACUGCCAUCUGCGUAUGGCCUCACCUAGUUGUGGCACUCCCAUUGCUUGUGCUUUUGUUUGGGGUCAUUGUACCUGCUUACUUGCAUCGUCAUCCAAGAGACAUUCCCGAGCUCGUGAAAGUAAAGCCAAGAGGACAAUCACUUCUUGAAUAUUUCAAUCAAUCUGAGGAUCAAAGCGUUGUGAUGGAUUUCAUUGAUGAGCAUUCAGGGGACUUUUCCGAUGACCUAAUCCUGGUACAGUCAUCGGCUACGAUCUCCUCAGAGUACUCUAGGGCAACCUCAACCAACGAGUCCCAUAGUGCAUUUGCGCAGAAGGGCCUUGACGCUGCCGACACACUCUCCUCUGAGACGAGAUCGAAAUUUGUGAAGUCGCAGGUAUCAACAUUUAUGAACAUGAGAGACUUACAGAACCUCACUACAGACUUGCUCAAUACCAUGGAUAACACCGAAAAAAUCGCUACAGAUGUUGUUGGUUUCAAGAAUGAGAGACUCACGACAUUCAUAUUCUACAUAUUGAGUGCCGUCACAUCAAUUGUACUUUUCGUUGGAAGAUGGAUCCCAUGGAGAAUCAUAUUUAUUCAAGCCGGCUGGAUCGGCAUGAUUAUUUGCCAUCCGAAUGCGAAAAAGUAUAUUCAGGCACUCAAGAAGAGAAAAAGAGCACCGCCAGUGGAGGAAGAUGACGAGGGUGAAGAGACGGAAGAAGAGGAAGAGAAACCAAAGAAGCUUCCACCUCACGAAACGUUUGAUAGGCCAGAUAUCAUUGUGGAUGAUCCACCCGAAGUUCGUGUAGUGGAGAUUUACGAGUUGCAGAUGCGCAACGUUCUCAAGCACGAGUGGAAGCUUUAUGGCUACUCAAAGCGUCUAUUCGACUUCAAAGAUAAGGUCAGGGUUUCCGGGAAGAAGCCUCAUGGAGUGGACUCUAUUUCCAAAAUUCUUCCACCCAAAGAAUGGAAGUUUGACUUUGGAUAUGCCGGUAAUUGGCUUGUGGACCGGAAUCCACUGGCAUACUUGAGGGAUCGUGCAAUUGAUGUCACCCACUUGAAGAUCAAGGAAGACGAGCACGAAGGCUGGAUUUAUGACAAGCUUCCUGCUGCUCAGGAUACUACCAUAGAAUUCAGAAGACGCCGGCUAUACAGAGAGUGUUACAGGUAUGCUCGCCCUGUAAACAAUGCGAUCAUGUAA